CCAGAAUCCUUCGGAAGAUCAUUUCCACAACACAAUUCCUCACAAUUUGUUUGAUUUUUUCCGAUCGGAAUCGAACAAAGCACGAGGGAACUGUAAGGGCGAUCUUGAAAGUGGGAAUCUUUCUUUUGGGAUUUUUGUGAACAGAAUUGGUGAAUUUGGUUUUUGGUUGAUGGCUGAAAGUGGGAAAGUGUUUAGGCGUAGUGGAAUGGAUAAUAUUAGUAGUUUACCGGAUGAACUUGUUUUGCGCAUCAUCUCAUUACUUCCUAUGAAAGAUGCAGUUCGUACCUCUGUAUUGUCAACAAGGUGGAGGUAUCUCUACACUUUCACCUCUAAUAUAGACUUUGAUCUCCAAGAUAAGGUGGGCAAUGGUUUGGCGAAUGGGUUUGAUUUGAUGGAUUUUGUGGAUAGACUAUUCUUUUUCAGGAGCAAAUGGCCUUUAGAUAAGUUUAGGCUAAGAUGCCCAGAGUCGCAAGAUAUCGACCCUUUGCGUCUUGAAGGGUGGAUAAGUGCUGUAUUGUGGCAUGGUAUUCGAGAGCUGGAUUUAUACAUUGAUUCUAUUGAGUUCAAGGAUCUGCGGCUGCCUGCUAGUUUAUUUACUUGUAAGACAUUGGUGGUUCUGAAGUUGGAGAUUUCCCUUGAUUCUGGUGACUUGAAUUCUACCUCUGAGUUUAGCAACUCAUCAAACAUGGACUCUGAGUCUGGCCAGUUGGGUUUACAAGUCCCUGCCAAUGUUUGCCUCCCGAGUCUUAAGGUUCUUCACCUUGGGUAUAUUAUCUUUUCAGAUGAUUCCCGUGAAAGAUUAUUUUCAAACUGCCCUGUUCUUGAGGAUUUGAAAUACAGUUUUGAUGACCAGAAGUGCAAAUUCAUUGUCUGUCAUCCUACACUGAAGAGGCUGACUGUAGUAUCAUCGUGUUUUGAUUGUCUUGGCAAUUUUGAUAUUGUGGUUGAUGCCCCAGGUCUUGACUACAUGGAAUUCUGUGUUUGUGAUGUAAACUCUUGUGCAUUUGUGAACGUCCAGGCUCUUGCUAAAGCUCAGAUUAAUUUUCAACACAACGAAUGCGUGAAUUACAGACAUGCUGCAGCCAAUCUGAUGAGUGCGAUAAGCAACAUUCAGACAUGUUGUAUAUCUGGUGGAACUCUAUAUGAUCUCCAAAAGUUCAGUGUUCCAAUCCCUGGGUUUCCCAAUUUGACUCAUUUGACUGUUUUCCACAGCAACGGAUCUACCUUGGUAGAUUUACCAUAUUUACUUAAACAUUGUCACUCAUUAGAAACCCUUGUAUUUGAGGAUUCUUUAAAUCGAUGGGAUCCAGGUGCCUGGUUCCCAGUAGAGGAAUCUAGUUGUUUGUCGUUUUCCCUUAAAAAGAUUGAAAUUUUAUCAUUUGAAGGCACUGAUGAUGAAUUGGAAAUGACAGAGUAUUUUCUUCGAAGUGCUAGAGUUCUUGAGAGCAUGACAAUCCAUCUUACUGCAAAAUAUGAGGAGCAAUUGGAGAUCACUAAGGAGUUACUAGUAUUACCAAGAACCUCAAGUGAAUGCAUUGUUACUAUUUUUUAGGUACCUUCAUCUUUCUUGUAUGUUGAAUUGUCUUUUCUUGUUUGUGUUAAUUUCAAUUCUUGUUUGCAGGACUUGUCUUUGUUUUGUUCUUCGGAUUCUGGAUACAAAUUUUUCUGCAUCAUACUAACUUUGACAACACUUUUCUUUUUUCGCUCUCUACUUCUUAUACGUGCAUGUUGGAAAUAUUUGCUAGUUCAAAACUAUCCUUGUACUGAUAAAAAGAAGUUUAUAGUGGUUCAUUUCUUGUCCAACGGAGAACAAAGGAAACACAGUUCACAGCUCAUUUUCAAUUUUUGCAUUUUUUUUCCUCGUCCUUGCUCAUCUCUUUUCUUCAAACUUUGUCAUGACUUUUUAACGCUUAUUUUCUUAAGAUGUUUCAUUCAAAUAUCCACACAUGUUUAUAUACUCUUAACAAAUAUAUUCCAUUCACAUGUUCAUAUACUUUAACGAGUAUAUGGUAACUAGAUUGAGACGGAAGCAUAUGCUAAGUAUGGUAACUAUAUCUCUGAAGAUCUGAAAUGGAAGGGGAUAUUGGUAGGUUAUAACUGCAAAAUUAAAGAAUCAUUGGCUGCAUCUGCUUUUGGAGAAGGGAAAUCCAGGGUGGUGUUAUUGCCA